AUGACCGACCAGCCAACUUCUAGCACCCGCAUCGGAUACCCGGCCACAACUGCCGCACGUGUGCUUGGACCGGCGGUUCCAGCUGCAGUGGUGGCAGGGCGGUGGCCCUCGAGAGGUAGUAUAGGGCACCCGGAGCUGUGUCAGCGCGGAUGCAUCAAGCAUGCCGCAGGACAGUGCGCGGCCGGCGCUGCUUGCGACUUCUGCCACUUCAGGCAUGCGCGAGACUACAAGCUCGAAAGAACAGAUCGGCAGCUGCUUAGACGCCUAUCUCGGUUCAACCUUCUACGAAUCACAUUGACACUGCUCGAGCGCCGUAUCGGAGCAAGGAGGGCCCAAGCAGCGGCAAUUUUCCAG